AUGAGUACUACAACACCGACAACAACAAACUCUCUAGAAACUAUUGAAUGGGAAUGGGAAUGGCAAUCGAAUCCUAAUCCAUGGUCAAAAACUGAGCCACCAAUAUGGAGUCGUUAUUCAGAUGUUGAAAAUCUAAUUAUCGAACGAGCCUUCUCAAAUAAACAACCGCGAGCUAUCUUGGAUGCUUAUUACAUUGAUUUUAAAGACAAUCUACAAAUAUCAAACAAUGAUAAUAACAAACAGAGACUUGUAAAAAGAAUAAUACGCAAUACAGAAGAGAAAUAUUUAAGAGUAGAACGUUUCAUGAAUCUUCCAGUUGCAUCGGAUCGUUCAUUUGGUGGUCAAUAUGGUUGGAUAUCACCAUUUGUUGUGGAAGUUAGAAGAUAUUUGCGUCUGAAACCUGAUGAACUUCCUUCCAAAAAACCUAGUUUGAUACCCAUGCUUGUUAAAAAAGCUGCUCAAGGUAUUAUUAAAGAAGGUAAACAUAUUGGAGAACAAAAAAAAGCUGAAGAACUGGCUAAUAUCCUUCGAGAAAAAAAGAAUAAAGGAAUUGAAGAAGUAUGGGAAUGCUGUGCUUACCUUUACUCGUUGGAAAGCUUCUUGUACAAAACUUUGAACGAAAUUAUGAGAUCAGUUGGAACCAUAGAAGAAUUUACUUGGCGAAAUAAAGUUCCAACGCUAGGUCCAUUUUGUUUAUUGCUUUGGGAUGAUCCAUACAAUAAAGAAGUGAAAACGAACAUUGAACUUUACCGAGGGACCAAACUCAAGCCCAAACAGAUCGAUGUUUAUAAAAAAAUGGCGGAGAAUGGAAAAAUAUAUGGCUCUUUUCAAGGAUUUUCAUCGUGCAGUCGCAAUCGUAAAAAAGCAGAAGAAUUUGGGAAUGCGUUGUUCAUUAUGAAAGUCCUGUUUGCAUUUACUGCUGAUAUUAGUAAAUUCUCGAAAUAUCCUCAUGAAGAAGAAGAACUUGUUACACCAGGUGUAUGUUUUCGUGUUCUGUGUGUCGAAGAGGAACCUGAGACAAGCAAACAUUUAAUCUACUUGGAAUUAACACAACGUUUUUCUGGUAAGUGA